CUCCCUCCCGGCUUCCGUCCUCCGCCCGCGCGCCCGCCGGAGCCCGUUCGCGUCGACUGACCAGAGUCCGCGAAUCCUCCGCCCCGAGCCCCGGAACCGCCCCAACCCCAGCUUUCUGUUCUUAGAAAAUACUGAGAAUCAUGUCGCUGCACCAGUUCUUACUAGAGCCCAUCACCUGUCAUGCCUGGAACAGGGACCGAACCCAGAUUGCCCUCAGCCCCAAUAAUCAUGAGGUGCACAUCUACAAGAAGAACGGGAGUCAGUGGGUGAAGGCUCAAGAGCUGAAGGAGCACAAUGGGCAUAUCACAGGCAUUGACUGGGCUCCGAAGAGCGACCGCAUUGUCACUUGUGGGGCAGACCGCAAUGCCUAUGUCUGGAGCCAGAAAGACGGUGUGUGGAAGCCCACACUGGUGAUCCUGAGGAUUAAUCGUGCGGCCACGUUUGUGAAGUGGUCACCCCUCGAGAACAAAUUUGCUGUGGGCAGUGGAGCCCGACUCAUUUCCGUUUGUUACUUCGAGUCUGAAAAUGACUGGUGGGUGAGCAAGCACAUUAAGAAGCCAAUCCGCUCCACCGUCCUCAGCCUGGACUGGCAUCCCAACAACGUCUUGCUGGCUGCAGGGUCAUGUGACUUCAAAUGCAGAGUGUUUUCUGCCUACAUUAAAGAAGUGGAUGAAAAGCCAGCCAGUACACCCUGGGGCAGCAAGAUGCCUUUUGGUCAGCUGAUGUCAGAGUUUGGUGGCAGUGGUACUGGUGGCUGGGUCCAUGGGGUCAGCUUCUCCGCCAGUGGGAACCGUCUUGCCUGGGUCAGCCACGACAGCACUGUGUCUGUUGCUGAUGCCUCAAAGAGUGUGCAGGUCUCCACUCUGAAGACCGAGUUCCUGCCUCUCCUCAGUGUGUCCUUUGUCUCAGAGAACAGUGUCGUAGCUGCUGGCCACGACUGCUGCCCUAUGCUGUUUAACUACGACGACCGUGGCUGCCUGACUUUCGUCUCCAAGCUGGACAUCCCCAAACAGAGCAUCCAGCGCAACAUGUCAGCCAUGGAGCGCUUCCGCAACAUGGACAAGAGGGCCACCACUGAGGACCGCCACGCUGCCCUGGAGACACUGCACCAGAACAGCAUCACCCAAGUGUCUAUCUAUGAGGUCGACAAACAAGAUUGUCGCAAAUUCUGCACUACUGGUAUCGAUGGAGCCAUGACCAUUUGGGAUUUCAAGACCUUGGAGGCCUCCAUCCAGGGCCUCCGGAUAAUGUGAAGUGAGGGCGCCUCUGCCAGCCGCAAGAGGACCCGCGGUGACCCGGCCCGCCGCCCGCCGCGCGCAUGAGGGUGAGGACGGCCGCCCAGGAGCACGGAGCACGCAGCCCCGUGUGCGUGUCUGUGUGUGCGUGUGUCUGUGUCUGUGUGUGCGUGUGUGAGCACAGCCGUGGUGGAUGUGGUGGUUUUUAAUGGCAGCAGUGAGUUUUUCAUCUUGUUUCGUGUUUGCUAUUUCAUUCCAUUCUUGACCAAAGCUUCUUUUAGUUUAUUAUGGAAACGUCACACUAACUUAAAGAAAAGAGGAGGAAGUAUGUUCGUUGUCUGCUAGAAAAUGAAAUAAACAUCCUGAAUGUGC